AUGGUUCAAAUCGACCUCAACGACACCAUCCGAAAAGAUGGCCUCUUCGCCUGCUUCCGCCCUAAGCUCCCCAAGAACCUCCCUCGCCUUCCAAAGCUCAAGAAAACCACUGAAAAGUUCGAAGAAACCGCCGACUUUGAGUUCGAAAUCCGCCGCUUUUCCGGAGAAGACAACGACAGCGAAGACCGAGUUUCCUGGCGACGAGAAGUUCGAAAAUCCUGGUUCGAAUUCGAUCAAUUCCAGCAACAGAAAAAAGAACAGGGAUCUGAAACGCUCGAGAAUCUCCGCCUCCAGUCCCAGGUCUACAGAGAAGAGGUUAACUCCCUAAAGCGACAAAUCGACGAGCUGAAGGAGGAAAAACGACAUCUUGCUGAAAACAUGCUCCCGAAAACUGCAAGAUAUCUUUUGUAA